AUGGUCCGAGGGACAGCGGAGAACGGAUAUUCAUGCUUACUAGCUUUUUCCUACAUGUUCGACACACUUAAUGUUGGUUCUAGUUAUUGUCUCAUGGUAAACGAGGAUAGUCAUAGGUUGUAUUAUUUCUUGGCCUUUGGUGCUUGCAUUAAGGUAUUUGCCCACAUGAGAAAGAAUGAUGCAUCUUGGACAUUCUUCUUUGAGAAAUUGAAGGAGAUUGUGAUCGAUGAACCAGAUUUGUGUUUUAUCUCCGAUAGACAUAAGAGUAUCACCAACGAUAUUGUGAACGUUUACAAUCAUGCUCACCACGGAUAUUGUAUGAGGCACCUCAGUGAAACUAUCUGCGUAAAUCAUCAUUAUGGAGAUUACCUUUAUCUUUACUACAAUGCGGCAAAGGCUUAUUCUUUGGAGGAGUUUGACAAUCAUUUUGUAGAAUUCAAGAACAAAUGCCCUGUUGCAGCCAUCGUCCUUGAGCAUGAUAUUGGUUUUGAGAAGUGGAGAAGGGCACAUUUUCUUGGCAAUAGAUAUGAUGUUAUGACCACAAAUAUCGUCGAGUCACUCAUUGUUAUGUUGAUAGAUGAAAGAGAGUAUGCCGUUUCAUAUAUAUUUAAUUCGAUUGCUAAGAGGUUUAGAGAAUUGUUUAGGGAGAGGCAUGCAUGUAUCCUCAAAUCAAUGGGUAAUCAAAUGGUGCCGGUUGUCGAAAAAAUUACAAGAAAAAAACUGAUCGAGGGCGACUCCUUGUAUGUGGAGAAUGUAAUCGGGGACGACAAUCAAUUUAACGUGUUCAGUGCCGAUGUUACUGCCUAUGUGGACCUACUGGAAAAGUCAUGUUCAUGUAGGGAAUAUGACUAG